AUGUCCUCUGCGGUCACUCGAUUGUUCAACCACUGCUUCGCUAACCUCAUCCCGCGUCGCGAGAAGAAAAUCGAUGAUUCCGGCCUGACGCUCUGGCAGGCCAUCCGUGGCCUGACAUUGAUCCAGUGGGCACACUUCUGGUGUGGAUGGCUGGCGUGGAUAUGCGACUCCUAUGAUUUCUUCAGCGUGUCGCUCAGCGUCACGGCGCUCGAAAAGCAGUUUAGCAAGGAUGCCAACUCUAUCACGACCGCUAUCACGCUCACGCUGCUAUUUCGCUCAUUAGGUGCUAUCAUCUUCGGUAUCGCUUCCGACCGCUUCGGCCGCAAAUGGCCGCUCGUAAUAAACCUGCUCAUCGCCGCUGCCUUUGAACUCGGCUCUGGCUUCGUCUCCACGUUUACACAGUUCCUCGUCGUGCGCUCAUUCUUCGGUGUCGCUAUGGGCGGCAUCUGGGGCCUCGCCGCGUCGACGGCACUGGAGAACCUGCCGGUGGAGGUGCGUGGACUCGCGAGCGGGUUCCUGCAAGAGGGAUAUGCCGUCGGGUACCUCCUCGCUGCAGUGGUCAACCUGACCCUCGUCCCGGAAACCCCAACCGGCUGGCGCGGGCUCUUCUGGCUCGGUGCGGGGCUUAGCAUCCUCGCAGCGGCCAUCCGUGCCGUGCUCCCGGAGAGUGGGGUCUUCCUGCGCGCGAAGGCGGUGGAGCGGGCAGCAGGCCGGAGCACGAAAAACAAGACGAAGGUAUUCCUGCGCGAGACGAAGGAGAUGUUGAAGAACCACUGGAUCCUGUGCUGUUAUGCAGUCGUGCUCAUGACCGGAUUCAACUUCCUCUCGCAUGGCUCGCAGGACUUGUACCCGACGUACCUGCAGACCACGAAGGGCUUCACCCCGCACGACUCGACGGUCGCGACCAUCAUCGGAAAUUGCGGUGCCAUUGCUGGUGGUACCAUCGCCGGAUGGCUGUCUCAGUACAUCGGUCGGCGACUCACAAUCAUCCUCUUCGUUCUUCUCAUUGGCGCGUUCAUCCCGCUGUGGAUCCUCCCGGCCUCGUUCGGCGCCCUAUCAGCAGGCGCCUUCUGGGUCCAGUUCGGUGUCCAGGGCGCCUGGGGAGUUGUGCGUGUCUCCGCUUCUCCGUGUAUAAAUGUCCCGCCCGCGUUCCGUGCGACCUUUCCCGGUGUUGCGUACCAAAUGGGCAACAUGGUCUCCUCCGCAUCCGCGCAGAUCGAGACCACCGGCGGGAACCACCUCAAAACGACGAUCUUCAAAGACGGCACCUUGCAGACCGUCCCGGACUACGCGACCGUGCAGGGGAUCCUGCUCGGCGUUGUCGCCGCGUUCGUCGUCCUCUGCACGAUCGUCGGGCCGGAGAACCACGGGUCGCACUUUGAGAAGUACAAGGCCGCGUUCGAGGAGGGCGCGGGGCGCGACGAGGAGAUGCCCGACCUCGACGAGCACGGGAACCCCAUCGGCUGUAUUUUUACGAUGUAG